AUGGAUUCUAAGCUAAAUGGGAGAGAGCUGAAGAGAAAGAGAGGAGAUAGUACUUUUCUAGGAAUUAGAGGAAAGAGGGAACAGGAAUGCCCCCGACUUCCACUCUUAGUGCCCUUCACCGCUCAAACUGCACCCCAAAUAAGCUUAUGCACCCUGCUCCAAGGGAAGGAUGCGCUGGGCUCAUCCUCGAGGCAAGAGGGCGAAAGACAGAAAGAGGGGCGCUGCUCUGUGCCGGAGUGGGCGCUGGUGCACCAGCAGGGGCUAGGGGAGAGUGCUGCCCCGCCUGGAGUCCAAGUCUCUGCGUGCCUGGGGGUAGAGCUCGGAGAGGGACCAGGCAGGCGCCGGAGGGGACCAGUGCGGAGAAGGAGGAAGCCCAAACAAAAACGCUGUCCGGCGCCAGCCGCCCACCUACAAGCCCAAGCCGGUGGUUGGCCAGUUACAAAAGGAAAUUGGUCAGGAUCGGGACCAACGAUAAUGAUAGUAUUAAUUCUAUUAAGAAUCGGCCGAAACAAACUCUCGUUGUCAGCGCGGCAGGCGCCCGCCCAAGCCCAGACCUCCGACCCGGUUUCGAGCCUGUUCCCGCCGGGUCGCUGGGCGCCAGGGUCGGCACCCGAUGAGGGCAGGGUCUAGAGGCCGGCCUGACAGGGGCCGAAGGGCGAGCAGGAUCCUAGGGGAUUGAGGCCGAGGAAGCCGGUUCCGGGGACAGGGAACAGGGACUCAGGGACCCGAAGGCGGCGGCAGGACGCGACCGAGCAGGACUCCAGGCCCGGGAACGACGUCGCGAGCCCCGAGACUGCCGGGCUUCCCAGCCCAGCUGGCAUUCGAGCGCAGGACCGGGCGCCCCGGCACCGUCGCGCGCCACCCGCCAGGAUGCCGGAGGCCCCAGCGCCCUCAGCCGACGGAGAGCCGCUGCAGGAACGCGGAGGAGGCCUUUUCCACCGCACCCGGAGCGUGUACAGCGGGCUGGAACUGAAUACCUGGAUGAAAGUGGAGAGGCUGUUUGUGGAGAAAUUCCAUCAGUCGUUUUCCUUGGCCAAUUAA